AUGGUCGUUGUUUCGAAUGUCGCGAGCUAGCGCUGGGUAGGAGGCCGCGCGCUCUGCUGGGGACAAAACUUGUACAAAUCUGAAGCCCGAGGUCGUCGACAGCCCCCGGUACCUUGAAUUUCAGGAAUAUCCUCUCCCAUCCCCCUCACCCCCUCCGUCAGAGCAUGGCUCAGGAGACCAAUCAGACACAGGUGCCAAUGCUUUGCACUAUGGGAUGUGGUUUCUACGGUAACCCCCGCACCAACGGCAUGUGUUCGGUCUGCUACAAGGAACACCUUCAGAGACAACAGGGAGGGGGGAGAUCCAGCCCCCCAGGAGAGAAAGCUGCCACAUCACCAUCAGGAUCACCAGGGUCAGCUGGUGUGACUGUGGAGAGUACAACUUCAGAGCCCAGUACAGAAGUGGCAGGAACCCCGCCAGAGGAACAAGCAACCAGUCCCAGCUCUCCUAGCCCAGUAACCCAACAGAUGACAGCCAUGAGCAUUUCCCAGGAUUCAGGAGCUGUGGACUCCGAUCGAGCGGAGGCUGAAGAUGGGGAAGAAGAGGGUACUUCCAGCAGCUCAGAGCCAGUAGGGGAAGCAGCACAGGCCUUGUCUGAUAGUGACCAAACUCCUGAUAAAAACAAGAAAAAGAACCGCUGCUUCUCAUGCCGGAAGAAAGUGGGCCUUACUGGUUUCGACUGUCGCUGUGGCAACCUGUUCUGUGCCAUUCACCGUUACUCUGACAAACACGACUGUCCCUAUGACUACCGGAGUGCAGCCGCUGCCCGCAUACGUAAGGAGAACCCAAUCGUGGUGGCUGAGAAAAUUCAGAAGUUAUGAGGACUGAGAUGGAAAAACAAAAAAGUCUCUGACUUUGUGAAUUUGAACAAUGGCGACUUGGAUGAAAACACCUGAUAUCAUGGCUUCAUUUGUUCAUGGUAGUCUAAGACGGGUGGGGUGGGGUGGUGAGGUCGCAGCCACUGUCCAGACGCUUCCCUUACUAGCAUCUCCCUCUCUCUCCGCUAGUGACUGCAGCUGAACCUGAGUGUUUCUUUGUGUGUGUGUGUGUGUGUGUGUGUGUGUGUGUGUGUGUGUGUGUUUGUAUGAAAGUGUGUGUGAGCAUAUUUGCUUGAGAGUUGGGGAGAGAGCCGUACGGACCUGGUGGACAUUAGUGUUGCUGUGGGGAGGGAAGGCAUUUUGAUUUUUACCCCUUUUUGUUUCUUAAGGUGGGGGAUCGUGUGAGCUUAUUUUUAUACAAUCCCUGUGAGGUGGCUGAAUUGAGACGGAGGUAAGCUGUUAUGGAAUGUGUCACAGCUUGGAAAAUGGCACAGAGCUCAAUUAAGGUCUAACAAGUUUUUUAAAAAAAAAACAAAAAAAAACCUGGGCGAUUUCAUUCAUCUGCAGACCUUGUAAGGGCUUUGGAAUACAAAUUUUUCUCCAUGACUGAAAAUGAUGUCAACCUCUUGUCAAAUUGGCAUUUUCUUUUUUUCCUCCCACCUCUUUACUCUAUGGGUCACCACAUGUCAGACUCCGAAGUCUCAGCAAUUUCCAGAAAUGUUUCUCUUUGAUAUAAUGACUUAUCAUACUGAUAUUGGGUGCAUGAACAGUUAUUAGAGGGGGAUGGCAGGGGAGGGCAAGGGGAAGGGAAACUUGACUUAACUGAGUGAUUGAAUUCUGUGUUUUUAUUUUAUUUUAUUUUAUUUUUCUGUUUUAAUGAGCGUAUGACAUCAGAAGAUCUAUAUUAAUAUAUUGUAGUUAGCUUGAAUUGUGUGAUUGCAUUCUAUUUAUUUUUUAUCGUUUGGUUGGUCUGUGCUGGAGGAUUGGCAGCAUGUGUCAGCAAAUCUUUUAAGAUUUGCACUAAAUCUUACAACUAUAUUAAAGUAAUUCCAUCUUGAUUAUAUAGCCAAUUAAUUAAGAGAAUACACAAGCUCUGACAUCAUGAGGUAGAGUCCCGUUAAGCUAGUUAAAGCUACACGUUAGAAGCAGCAACAUCUCCACUGUUCUGGAUCUGGAAACAAAGCACAACAAAGUGUGUCAACUGCAGAGCACAAAUUAAUGUGCCACACCUACUCAGUUUUGUUCAGCAUUUGGGUCAUUUGCAGUUUAUAUUUGAUGUGUACAGCAGGCUCGCUGAAGAGGCUGCCUCGUAUGAGACGUUCUUAGACGUUCUGUUUUUGGUCGAGUGAUGCGUUCUCCUUGAAUGCCAUUUUCUGUUCUAUGGAGUUGGCGUGAACUCCAUGUUUCUCUAACCACCAGCAGACCACUGACACAUGCUGAAUGAAAACUGACCUGGGUCGCAGUCCCUCUACUUAUUGACACACCAUCUGCUCAGCUAAAGUAAAGAUUGUUGCAAUGCUGCAGAGCUGCGUGCUGCGCUUUUACAAUGUGCUCAGAUUCAGACAAGUCCUUACUAUGAAGACCGCUUCUUGCUAGCUUCUUCUAGGAAGAUCAAACUAACAUGCAUGUAUGCAGUCUAACAUAGGAGUUACAGCUUUGUAACUGACUGCACAGUUUGAGAUGAAGCUGGAAUGUUUUAAAAGCCACACAGCAGUAGCACAAUGCAUGGCUGGAACCCUAAAGGUUCAAGUUAACAGGACUCUACAGUUUUUUUUUCUCCAAAUGUAAAUACCAUAUGGCUCCUAUUCAUAUAGUAUACUCUUAUUGUAGAUUUUUGCCAGGUAUUAAAGGUGGGGACUAUGGUGAAGAAUAGUUCUAUGUGUAUAAAAGUGAUUUUCAUAAUUAUCUGAAAAAAGACAACAGAUUAUUUCCCCGUCUUCUCCCCUUUUAUAAUAAGUUAUUUACCACAUCACAUUACCCUCUAAAUGUCCAAAAUAUGUGGAUUUACUGGCUCUAUCAUGAGCGUCUUCUGCAGGCAGGGUAGUUUCUACUCUGCAGUACCAGUCAGGUCGUUAAGAAGCUGUUGUGAGCUUUAUUAACUUUGAUAAAUUACAAAGUAUCCAAGCCCAUGCUUUUAUAUGGUUACUGAAGUCUAUUCAUAGCAUAGUGAUAUUACUGAGAGUUAAAAAAAAAGGCCCCUCGUGAGAUGUAGAGGGAUAUUUGAGGUUUCACCUUUUUCAUUAUCAAAAGUUUUCCUUGUAAAUGUGGCUUGAUCUCGUUGAUCAUUAAAUAUUUAUGAAGAGCUGUAGAAAAGUUGCAAGAACUUUGCCGAGUAUGCAUUUUCAAAAAUUAAGGCAAUGCAGAAUUCAGGGGGGAGUGAGUGAAACUUUUCCUACACAGAAUAUUGUGCUGUGCAGGAUUCACUUUGGUUUUGGCACCUUUGAUUGGAAAAUAGGCUUACAUCAAAAUUCCUGUGUGGGUGAUUGACAAGUCUAAAUGGCUUUGUGACUCGGCGUGCCAACUCCAGGACUGUUUUUCUCGGAUAAGUUGGUCAUUUAAAGCCGCUGACUGAUUUCAUCAACACUAGUGGAAAAUUUAGGAGGAGUUUAUGGGGAGUUUUGAGUGAAGGUUAUGUACAUGGAGAGUGAUUGUCAUAUUAGGGGAAACUGCAGCUUGGUGUCCCCUAAUGUGUGUCUUUAUAUAUGCAGAAUAUUGAAGCUUGCCUGCUGGGUUUACGACCAUAACAGAAUCUCAUCUACAGAGUGCUUUGUUUUCCUCCUCAGAUAAGAAGUCAUUUCACAGGAAAAAGUCCCGUACUUGGGAUGAUUGUUCAACUGUGUAAAUUGUGAGCAUUUCAUGGUUUACUAUUGCUGUUUUCUAGUGACUGCUCAUAUCAAACCCAACAUUUUAUUUUCUUAAACGUGAGCGGUUUGAAUGUAAUCCAUCAUAAUUCACGUAGUAAUCUGUUCUGUCUUUAUCGGACUACUUGGCCCUCAUAUUGGCUAUGUUUUCAGGCAAAGGAUGGAGGCCCAACUUCCAUACAAGUGCUUUGGGAUAGUUGGAUAGCUCAAGUAGUUUUGACUGUUUAUGACAAGGACUUGGCACCAGCAAAUAGGGCAAGCAUACCUGAAUAAUCAAGAUAUCAGUACAUAUACGUCUUUCUUCCUUCUGUUGCUUUGAUAGAGUUUUGAUGUCUUCGAUCCCAUCUUUAGCACGACCUUCCAUGAUCAGUGUCUUCAUUGUGCAAGGGUUUUGAUUGAUGAUAAUGAAGAACCCGUCAGUUGUGAGGACCCUGGUUUGAAUACAGUUUCACUGCAGAAGUAAAGACAAAUGACGACGACUUGUUUCGCUGUUUGUCAAGAUGAGCUUGAGGGACAUCAAGUGAAAUCUACAAUGUUCACAGAGCUGAAGUUCUUGUCCCUUGGCACUCCAGUCCCCCAGAAACACCACCAGAUAUCUUUUUAUUUUGUUUUUCUUUCAAGAUUUAGGAUUGUAUGAUGUGUAAGAGUAAGUAUAAAACAAUAAAUUCACAAAGUUUAUUUUAAA